AUGUCUCCAGGACUCGCCUCCAAUUCGCAGUUCUCCACCAGAAGCGUCAUCGUCGCGUUGAGGGAAGGUGUCCCGCACGACCAGCUCGAAGAUUACUUCGGCCACCACAGCCGGGCAAGCUCCAACAUAAUCCGGCUCCAAAUCAACGACCCCGUCGACGGCUUCCCACCCAUCUUCUACGCAACUGCCCGCAACGACGACCGCAUCAUCCACCUCUUCGCACGCCACGGCGCAGACGUGAACAGCAGCUUCGGCCACCCGCCCAUCCCCCUUCUCGCCUUCGCCGUCCUGCACGCCAAAACCAUCGCGGCCGAAACCACCCUCUGCGUCGCCACCCUGCUCAGUCUCGGCGCCGAAGCCGCCGCCUUCCCCCGCGCCUUCUUCUCCCCCUUCCAGCGUGACCUGCCCGAGACGGGCCCAGAGGAGGACGAGCUCGACGACAUGGACGACCCGCGGCGCGCGUGGUGCCGCGGCCUGGACCUACGCGGCCGCAUUGCUGAGACGCUGAACCUGACGCAGCGGUACCACCUGGACAAGUCGGCGCGGCUGGCAAAGCCGACGGAUCGGCAGCGGCAGAUUGCGCAGCGGAACCACUGCGAGGCGCUGUUUGGGGUGCCGUAUUUUAUGAUUGGGCAGAUGGCUGCGACGGACAUGCUCAAGGAUAACUUUCUGCAUUAUAUGCUGAGGCGGCAGUUCCAGCCAAUGGUUAUGGUAUUUGCUGGGCCGAGUGGGCACGGGAAAACGGAGCUGGCUAGACGGUUGGGCGCCCUGCUUAAUCUAGAACUGCACGUUAGCGAUUGCACCAUCGUUGCGCGGGAGAAUGAGUUGUUUGGGCCGCGGAAGCCGUAUAUCGGUGCGGAAGAGGGCACGCCUCUCAACAACUUCCUGGCGCGGAAGAAUGGACAGAGGUGCAUCGUCUUCUUGGAUGAGUUUGAGAAGACAACUCAGGAAGUGUGGAAUGCGCUGCUCAUUCCAUUCGACAAGGGUGAGUAUCAAGAUCGGCGCACGCUCAAGACGGUCAAUUGCUCCAAGACCAUUUGGAUCAUGGCGACGAAUGCACUCGACGAGGAUAUCAUGCAGUUCUGCGAGAAGAACGAAGGCGUCUUUGACCAGGACGAUCCUUUCAAAAGGGAAUUGCUCCUUGAUGAUCUAACAGAGGCAAUGAAGGACAAGUUCAAAGAGCUUUUCAAGCCCCCGCUUACAGGACGUAUCUCGGCAUUCAUACCGUUUCUGCCCUUCUCACCGCCAGAAACGUACGUAGGCGCCCACAAGUAUUUGCUCGAAUUGAUGGGCGAGGUCCGCCGACCGGUGAACACCUCUUUCGGGGAGGAAGAGCAGCUACUAGGUGACAUCAACCUCAAAGUGCGCCAAGACGCGAGCGUGUGCAGCAUCCUCUCGCAGGGCUACGACCCGGAGCUUGGCAUCCGCAGCUUGAAGAAGGUGGUGCGGGAGAAGGUGGCGACCCAGUUGGAUAGCGUGUACAUGGCGACGCAGGGGACGAUUGUUGAGGGUCAGGGUAUGCAGGACUACGAGGUUUAUGCGUACAAUAACAGGAUUAAAAUCAAGCCUGUUUGA